AUGGCAGUGAAUCGUGAGGUUUUGCAACCACUCAUGCCAAUUUUUAAUGGUGAAAAGUAUGAGUUUUGGAGUAUCAAAAUGAAAACUCUUUACAAAUCACAGGGGGUUUGGGAGCUGGUGGAAGCAGGCUUUGUGGAUCAAGCAAGCUUUGACGAGGAGGCAGACAAAUUGAAAGGGAUCAAAAGGAACGACGCCAAAGCAUUGUUCUUGAUUCAACAAGUAGUCCAUGACACAAUUUUUGCAAGAAUUGCAGCAGCAACUACAUAUUCGGAGGCAUGGAAUAUUUUGAAGAAGGAAUUUCAAGGUUCAACCAAGGUGAUUACGGUAAAAUUGCAGACUUAUCGUCGUGACUUUGAAACUCUUUUUAUGAAAAGUAAUGAAUCUGUUCAGACUUAUUUGUCUAGAGUUUAUUCUCUUGUUAAUCAAAUGAAGUCUUAUGGUGAAGAUAUAUCUGAGGAAACUGUUGUAGCAAAAGUUUUAAGGAGUCUUACUCCAAAGUUUGAACAUGUUGUUGCUGCGAUAGAGGAAUCUCAUAACUUAUCUGAUUAUACUUUUGAUAAACUAAUGAGUUCUUUGCAAGAUCAUGAAGAGAGGAUCGUAAGGUCACAUGAGAAAAAUGAAGAGAAAGCAUUUCAGGCAGAGGUGGCUUUCGAGGAAGAGGUCAUGGAAGAGGCCAAGGAAGGAGUCGAUAGAGGAGGAUCAAAUGAAGAGAAGCAUAAUAGAACGUUUCUAUUCAAUUGCUGCAGAAAACUAGGUCAUAAAAAAGCUUAUUGCUGGCAAAAGCAAAAGGAUGAAAAUAGCCAAUCAAGCUUUGCAGAGGAAAAUGAUGAUGAAA